UCUCAUCUACCGCAUUGACGGAGUGCUUUUCCAAUGUUUCGAUAAAAUUACACCGCAAUUUUUCCUUGAAGGCACCCGAAAUCGAAGUAAAAAUCAUGUCAUCACCGAGCAGGAAUUCCAGUGGACCUACUCUGCGAAGAUCAAGACGAUUGAGUAAGGGAAAAGCCAACAGUUCUUUGUCGGCGAGUGGCACAGCUCAACAACCAACAACAUCAAGAACGAGAACGAGUGGAACACCACAGGACAGAAGUAGUCGUCCCUACAGCCUCCGCAAGAAAGCCUCUCCCAUCUCCCCACCCACUGAAACUAUUAGUGGUGUGCCAGCUGCUUCAUCAUCGAGCACCACCUCGUCCAUUCAUGUCACCUCCACCUCCUCAACCUCCUCCUCAUCCUCCUCCUCCUCUAAGGUCAAGAGAGCACGUCUUACACAUCAUCAGACCACGCAAAGUGUCAAUUUAUCGAAUCCUGAAGAUAAUUUCCUCCAGUAUCAUGUCCCAUCUGAAAUCCUCCUUAAGAUCUUCUCCUACUUACUGGAGAAAGAUCUGUGCAACGCUGCAUGUGUCUGUAAGCGUUUCAACUCAUUAGCGGGUGACCCUACAGUAUGGAAAAAGAUGUACCAGUCAGUAUAUGAGAUGUCAUUGCCACUGUUACGACCAUCACCAACAAGAUUUAAAUUUGUACAACCAGAUAAAGUAGACUCACCCAACAUCUGGAAGGAUAGUUUUAAAACACUGUAUAAUGCAGUCCAUGUCAAACCAGGCUUUGCCCGGCGUGUUUAUGACAAUAUGGACAUGUACAAGGGUCGAGAUAUCCAGUAUUAUGAUACGAUAGAGGAAGCCCUGUCAUCAGUAGAGGGGAACGACUACCCACUCAUCUUAUUACAUGCUGGGGUAUAUAGUGGUGAAUGGCUCUACAUAGAUACACCAGUCUGCAUACUUGGUGCUGCUCCUGGUCAUAUCCCAGACAGUGUCAUCGUAGAAAAUUUCAAGGAGUCCACGUUUGUUUUCUUCGAAGGAUGUGAAGACGCAUACUUAGGCCAUAUCAGCAUUAGAUUUAACCCUGACCAUCAGUCCAACACCCCUCACCAUAAGCAUUCAUGUGUGGAGGUCGGCUCUUGCUGCUCUCCCAUCAUCGACAGUUGCAACAUCCGCAGUCGCUCACAAGGUAGAGCAAGGGUGGGUGCAGCUGUGAGUGUCAGUGGCAAGAAUGCAGCGCCCACAGUCAAGAACUGUGUAAUUAGUGACUGUGAAAACGUAGGCUUGUUCAUCAAUGACCAUGCACAGGGUCACUACAUGGACUGUGAGAUCAGUGGUAAUGCCCUAGCAGGGAUAUGGGUUAAGAACCAUGCCAACCCCCUGAUCAGGCGGUGUCAUAUUCACCAUGGUAGAGAUGUUGGGGUCUUCACGUUCGACAAUGGAAUGGGUCACUUUGAUAGAUGUGACAUCCACCAUAAUAGGAUAGCGGGGUUUGAAGUCAAAGCAGGGGCCAACCCUACAGUAGUCCACUGUGAAAUUCAUCAUGGCCAGACAGGGGGUAUCUAUGUUCAUGAGAAUGGCAGGGGAGAAUUCCUGGAGAAUAAGAUCCACUCUAAUACCUUUGCUGGAGUGUGGGUUACAUCAAAUAGUGAUCCAACAAUCAGGGGUAAUGAGAUCUUCAAUGGGCAUCAGGGUGGUGUGUACAUAUUUGGGGAGGGGCGAGGCUUGAUAGAGAACAACGAUAUCCACAGCAAUGCUCUAGCUGGAAUCCAAAUCCGAACCAACAGUAACCCUAUCAUAAGAGGCAACCGAAUCCAUGAUGGCCAACAUGGUGGUAUAUAUGUGCAUGAAAAGGGGAAAGGUUUGAUCCUAGAGAAUGAGGUGUACAGUAACACACUGGCUGGAGUUUGGGUGACAACGGGUAGCUGUCCUGAGCUUAGAAGGAAUAGAAUACACAGUGGUAAACAGGUUGGAGUAUAUUUCUACGAUAACGGCCAUGGUACCCUAGAAGACAAUGAUAUCUUUAAUCAUAUGUACUCUGGGGUACAAAUCCGGACAGGUAGUGAUCCCAUCAUCAGACGCAACAAGAUAUGGGGUGGUCAGAAUGGAGGUAUCCUGGUCUAUAAUGGAGGGCUUGGUGUGCUUGAGUACAAUGAGAUCUUUGAUAACGCAAUGGCCGGGGUCUGGAUUAAGACUGAUAGUAAUCCACACCUACGCUAUAAUAAGAUACAUGAUGGUAGAGAUGGUGGAAUCUGCAUCUUCAAUGGCGGUAGAGGACUGCUUGAAGAGAAUGAGAUCUUCCGCAAUACUCAAGCUGGAGUUCUAAUCAGUUCUCAGAGUCAUCCUAAACUCAAGAGGAAUAAGAUCUAUGAUGGUUUAGCUGCAGGGAUUGAGAUCACUAACAAUGCAACAGCUUACCUAGAGGGAAAUCAUGUCUUCAAUAAUAAGUUUGCUGGGAUCUGCCUGGCUACAGGUGUCAACCCAGAAAUGAAAGAUAACAAAGUAUACGGUAAUAAGAAUGCCAUUGAGAAAGCAGUCAAGUCUGGCCGCUGCCUCUACAAGAUUUCCAGUUAUACAAGCUAUCCUAUGCAUGACUUCUACAGGUGCAAAACAUGCAACACAACAGACCGUAAUGCCAUCUGUGUCAAUUGCAUCAAACGGUGUCAUGCAGGACAUGAUUGGGAAUUCGUCACACACGACAGGUUUUUCUGUGACUGUGGUGCUGGUACCCUGUCUCUCCAAUGCCAACUCGCAGGCGAACCUACCAAGGACACUGACACAUUGUAUGAUUCAGCAGCGCCCAUCGAGUCACACACCCUCAUGGUCAAUUAGCGACAGACCAACCCCCUCCACCUUCUAAAAGAAAUCCCCUCCUCCGAAAUAUCUUCCACCCUCUCCGCUUACUGACCUGAAUGCAUCUGGAAUGCACAUCUGCACGCAUAAAGAGGAAAUCUAACCACCUCCAAAGAAGCACCACAAACCCAUACUGCCAACCACCCUCCAUCGGACACAAGUCUUGCUGAGAAAGAGUCCACCUUUCCCCUUGUUUUACCUGCGUUAAUCACCACCGUCCAUGUUGACAUGACAGUAAGGAGCGUGUAGUUGGAUAAAAAGCUUGCAUCUUGACCUUGAUGGAUGUAUAAUACUAGCAGACUUCUCAUCACCAAGGGUUGCUUCUUCUUGAGCUUCUGUGGGCAGCACCAGUUAGCCAUGGAGACUAGCAUGCAGUAAUUGCUUGCCUUAUUGACUAAGCACAUUGCUCACACCAUGCAUUACAAGAAAGUGCAGCACUACCCCAAGCUACAUCACCAAUGGCAUAUCACUCUUCCACGCUCUGCAUUCAGAACAAUGAAAACGCACUCAUUUCUUUCACGUCUCCCCCUCCCCUCACAAAUGGAUGACUUUUUGCUGCCAGAAGCUUCAUUAACAAGCUAACCUUUACAUUGGUAUGAGCUCCCAUCUUGUUUACCAUUAAGUUCACUGAACUAUGCACAAAGCAAUAAUGAGGAUAGGGUUUCCUGAUAGAACACACAGGGGCUGAUGCUUGGAUCUGAUUGGUUAGAAGCAGACCACUUGGAUUGUCCAACCAUCAUCUCUUCUGCACUUCAUAACACUGCACCAAGCUUUAAAUAGCAAAGACGUUAACUAACCUCCUUAUCCUUGGUUUGUCAUGUCCAGAGUGGAUAUUUGAAGAGCUGAACUCAGUGUGGACUCGGUGGUUGCGUUGAUGUGACACUAACAAUAUCAUCUGAUCACCUGAACCCACACAUACAUUCCUGGGACAAGCAAAACGUUAAAUUACACACACACAGAAAGUUGUGGUGGCCAUGAGUUUUGUAUAAAAAAUGCUGUGCAGAGUACAGAGUUAUUGAUUGUGGAUUUUGAUUGGCCAGUGAAAGGUUGAGAGUGGAGUGACAUGAGAGAUUUUGGAGUAAUACCUUCAGAGUGUACUGAUGUGAUCUGGCUGUACAAGAUUGCUUGUAUUGGCCGGUUAUUGGUAAUAAGUGCAGACAGAAGCUACUAUAAGGUCAUGUGAGAAUAGUUUGAGAUGCACAUUGGAUUGCUUUGAGGAAGGAAAGGAAAGACUGACCACAUACCAUGCAUAGAGGUCAAGCGUGGAUAAUGGGUUGUAUAAAACAAAAGAUCUAGUCAAAGAACAUUUGUAUUUAUAAAACAUUUCAGAUGUAAUUAUUCAAAUAAAAUUUAAGGAAAGACAUUUUGAAAAGUCACUACUAUUCCUCUCUCGUCAACAGGAGACCUUUAAGAAGAAAAAAGAGUCCAAAUAAUUAAGAUUUAUUUGUAUCUCUAAUUUUCAAGAUGCUGGAUUGCUUUUUUUUGUCAAAAGGGCAACUUUUGAGAGACUUUUGGUUAACUGCAUCGGGAAGAUUUUUACUUUUUUGUUUUUGCAAUUAUUUAUUGAACCUAAUUUAUCUGCAAAAUAAAGUGAAAGGAAAACGGUACAGAGCAAUCCUCUUAUUUUUCUUCACAUGAAAUAUAUAUUUAAAAAACAAACAACUAUUUUCGAUGAAUUCCUGUAACUUAUUGGCAACCAGCGUUUGUUUGAGUACUAUAAAAGAGACCUCAAAUUAUGGACUGUUUGGUCAAACAAAAUAGUGAUUUCUUAUCGGGAAUAAUAAGUAAAAUUUAAAACUUAUUUUAAGAUUUUGUGGAUAAUUGGAGAAUGUCUGAGCAAAGCAUUACUUUUUCCUUCACCCAAUGUGCUUCCCAAAGAGAGUUACAAAUCAGUUUUUUUAAGUGAAGUUUUUAUCGUGGUCUUAUCAACUCAUUUCACACACGUAGCUGCAAAGUGAAUAGAUUUAAUAGGUUUGUUUUCUUAUUGAAAUUCUGCAUUUCAAUUGCCAUACUUUUGCCUUCUGUUAGUUAUUAAUUCUCAACCCCACCAAUGUUAAACUGUCUGCAGAUUUGUGUGUACAUGUUGAGCUCAAUCAUUCAUCCUUAUAGUUGAAUUUGGCACAAGAUAAAGUUUAAUUGUUAAACUACACUGCGAAAGCCUCUUGACAGCCAAAAUCAUUUUUUUAAUUCCAUUGGUAAUUUUUCAGUCUGUUGCUUUUUGUAGCUUGAACAGGGUAAAAAUCCUUAUCACCGCUUCUACACUAUAUAAUAAGCCAGGACUAAUGUGUAAACAAACAAAAUGACCAAUGAAAAGAUUACAGCUAUCUCUUGUCACAUGUGUUAAUUGAGUAUCUAUUGGCUAUGUAUGUGACUGAGAUUUGAAACUAUGCAUGGUGGUGAGAGUACAACCAAGUGAGGUUUGCUUUGACAACAUGCGUAUAAAUCUCUUAUGAUUUUAAGUAGUGUUUCUGAAAAGAACCGGUGGUCUUCUCCUGAAGAGGAUCAGGGGAUACUGAUCGAAACAUCUAGUUGUCAAAAUACCCGUUCUUCUCAGAACCCAUCUCUACUCAACAGCAACUUCCCAAAUCAAUGUGUGAAAUGUGCUCUAUUCUAUUUGGCUGUUGAAGUUGCUGUGGUAUAGCCAUGUUUAGGAAGUUGUCUUCUCUUCCGUCUUGUUUUUAUACACAAAAAAAUAGUCAUGGGGGAAGAACAGCGUCUAUGAAGAAGCUGCAACUUUAAAAAGAGAAACAUUAAUAAAACAAGUUGUCCCAGCAUUGGGUUUUGGUUUUGAUACUGUAAUGUAUUCAAACCCCUGGCAAUCUUCUUGAUCCAUUUAGAGACCCCAUUUAUCUGUAGAAUGUCUGGGGAAAAUAAUAAGCAACAUAACUUUUGCUUUGUUUCUGAGGUGCAGAUACUGUGUUAACGUGUGAAACAUAGAAAACAAUCUCAAUUCAGGACUUGUGUACUUGAUGUACAUGUAGGUGUGACUUACGCAUUUGGUAUAAGCCCCUUGCAGCCACUAUGGUGUCUCUAAAGGGUUCAAUUGAAUUGUACAGGAAAUGGCAGUCAAACCAGUGUUUGGUAUGCCUGCAAUACAUUUGUAGGGUUGCCUAAAGAUUGAUUGAUUUAACCCUCCUACUUACUUACUAUUCAAUAUCACCCACUAUGGUUUGGAAUAAUAGAUGAACUAUCUCAGCCUACAAUGGUAUCACGUGGUGAAUGCAUCGACACUGCACACAGUUGUGCCACUAAACACAACUCCUUUACAUGUAGUUAAAGGAACACGUUGCCUUGGAUCGGUCGAGUUGGUCUUUGAAAAACGUUUGUUAUAAAAUGCAUAUGGUU